AUUAUUCUGAAGCACCUACAUUACAGUUUCCUUCAAUAGCGGCAAAAUAUUAUUUUGUUUUUGUGCGUUAGAUGGCGCGAUUAAAUAAGUGUUUCUCAUCUAUGUGAAACCCAGAGAAUCGUGUAACUUUAUUUCCUUUCCUAUCAUUAACUUUAUAGGCUAUAUUUCUUUUACUUUGGAGUGUUCAAUACGCACGGUUUAUCCAAAUUAGUGUUGUACGUGUCAAUCUAAAUAUGCCUAAAGAAAAGGAGUCGUUAUAUACCCGAAAAUACCGAGUUGCUUGGGAAUCCGAUGUUGAACUUAAAGGAUGGAUUGGUCCUGUAUUAGCAGAUGAGACAAAGUCGCUUUGUAAGAUAUGUAAAUGUACUUUAGCUGCACAUAAAAAAGACUUACUGCUUCACGGUAAAAGUAAGAAACAUCAAGAGGCGGAGAAAAGAUCUUUGGCUGGCCCGAGCCGCGUUCCUGUUGCAGCAAAGCCAGCUCUCACAUUCUUCGCCGUGAUCGCCACAUCAAAUGCUGUUUUUUUUCCUGAUUCUGCUGAAAAAUGGGAAAGAAUUGCAAGAAUGUUUCAGGAAAAAUGGCAUUUUCCACACUGUCUCGGAGCCAUGGAUGGCAAACAUAUAGAUAUAGUUCCCCCAGGUAAUAACGGAUCGUUCUACUUUAACUAUAAAGGCAGACACAGCAUGGUACUGCUCGCAAUAGUGGAUGCUACAUAUCGGUUUCUCUUAGUGGAUUUUGGAACUAAUGGCCGAAUUUCAGAUGGAGGUGUUCUUUCAAAUACUACAUUUCAUGAAAGAUUGCUCAGUAAUAACCUCAAUAUGCCAGACCCUAGCAAUGUCUCCGAUAAUUUCAAACAAAUUCCCUACGUGUUUGUGGCCGAUGAUGCCUUUCCCCUAGCAACGAAUAUUAAUAAGCCGUUUCGACAAGCUCAGCUAGACUCAGCUUCUAAAGAGAUUUUUAAUUACCGACUUUCCAGAGCAAGGCAUGUUGUGGAAAAUGCGUUUGGAAUACUUGCAUCCAGAUUUCGUAUAUUCCAUACACAAAUCAAUUUAGAACCAAAAAACAUAUCAAAAGUAGUGAUGGCAACGUGUGUCUUGCAUAAUUUCUUGAUGCAACAACAACCAACCACUUAUGUGCAUCCAAAUAAUACAUAUCAGGAGAAUUAUGACGGGGAAGUUAUAUGCACCGGCUUGGAUACCUCCGAAUCGAACAUGAUCGCAUUGGAACGUCAAAACCAAGGAAAUUGGAAUUCUACUGCUAAACAGUUAAGAGAUAAAUUCAGUUCCUACUUUAUGCAUGAAGCUAACAGAAAACGCGAUGUAGACUCCGUUGCCCCUACAGAAGAUUCUGCUUGCGUGGUGGUUGAGGGGAAGGAAAAUACUUUCCAUACUGUCAGCAAGAAUCCGGAAGAAUGUAACAUGGCUGGGACGUGCGGACCACUAACACAUAGUUCAUGGGAAAACGUAUCAGUUUCAAAUGAUUCAGGUCACGAUAUAGAUAAUGUGGUUUGCACUGAUUUCGAUGAUAUAUUUGUCCAGGGGGAAAUUGCUUUUACAUUGGAGAGCGGUAAAAAUGAUAGUGUUGUGCAGGGACAUAAACUCACAGGCGAUAAUGAUUCUUUGAAAGUUUGUAUUACGGGGAGCGUAACAGAUUAA